AUGAAGAUCAGACGUUUUGCCGUUCUGUGUGUCCUUGUCGUGUUCUCUCAGAUGCUACAAGCUGACUGUGAAAGACAGAAAGAGAGAAAAAGAGAGAGGACAAAUACUGGAAAAGGUGAAAAGCUGGAGCCUGGUUCUAAUAACCGGAAUGGAAGGGGCCAGAAAACUCAAGGACAGAAAGGCUCCCUUAAAGGCAAGUUUGUCACCAAAGAGAAGUCUGCAUGCACCUGGGCACUGAAUGAAGCAGAGACUGCUAGCUUAAAGGUUGAUUGCAAAAGAGGGGAGAGCACCUUCUCUUGUGAAUUUUCAGGCAGCCCUUCCAGCUGUCCACAGUAUGCAGAAAACAAGAAAAGCUUCUGGAAACAAAUUACUAGGUCUCUAAAGAAGCAGAAGAACAUCUGCGAGGACCCAAAGAGUAUCUUAAAAUCCCGAAUCUGUAAGAAAGGGCCAUCAACUGCUCACCUGAGAUUGGUAACACCACACAGUUCCAGACAAGACAAGCCAGUUCAGCAUGGAAAGGAUACCUCUCUGGCACCAGUGCCUCCCGUUACAUCUGAAACCCAGCCAGGCAAAGCAUCCAGUGACUGUGUUGACGAUAUUGAUUAUAUUGAUCAGAGCAAGGUGGCUGAAGAAUACUGUUCAGAGUCAUGGCUAUCUAUUUGCAACUUCUUCAUUUCAAUGGUACAGGAUAAAAAGUGCAAAUAG